AUGUCUGACGACGAAAAAGGUAAGCAAAACAACUCCUCUGAGGCUGCUAAAGGGAAGGAAGCUUCCCCUUCCCAAAUUCCUCUCCAAUCCGACGAAAGCGACGCUGCAACUAACGUUGCUGGCGCUUCCCGUCAAAAUGUUCCGGACGAUUCUCUCUUUGUCCAAGACGAAUUUUCAGCUUUCCCUUUCAAAGCUCCAUUCGCCACAAAAUCGAUUGCCGAGAUAG